AUGAGUAGCGUGUUCGAUAAGCUGAAGAAGCAGAGGUCCAAGGAAUGCAAGGCGACAGAUUUUUACGAGGUGAAAAACAAAAAUGACGACAUUUACGAAGUGGUAGACGAGGAAGGAUACAUAGAAAACAAGAACUCCCUAAAGGACUUCAUCGUUGGAGGCGAGAAGGAGUUUGAUUCGAGCGAUGACGUAAUCGUGGAGGACAUAAGCUACGGCCUUCUUCGGAAGAGGGCUGCUGCCGAGAGGGAAGCCAAGGCUAAGAGGAACAAACCAAUAGACGACUUCGUUCGGGAAAAGAAAAUUCAGAAGAUCUUUUCCACAGGUAAAUUAAGCAAGGAAGAAAUAUCCAAGGCAAAGAACAUCGAACGGUUGAUGGAUGCAAACUCCUCUUCUAGUGGCAGCGAGUCGGACCACUUCAACUUGAAAAGGAAGACAAGAGACUCCUACGAAAGGGAUCGUAAUAACAAAAAAGGGUGUCACAUUAGGCAGAUCAUCCGUGGUACCGAUAGGCAAAUUAGUCAGUUAAGAGGCAGUUCUGUGGUGGAGGUGGAGAGAGAAGGGGUUAAUUCAGGAAAGCAUCAUGACCCCGCUGGCGUGCCCCCAAGCAGCGCAACUCUACAUGCAGAGGGAAAAAAUGGCUCCAACGCUUUUCUUCCUACGAAAGGGACAGAUGGGCAGAUAAAAACGGAAGUGAUGGCAAAGUGCGAAGAAGGUGUUGAGGGCACCGUUGCUGAAGACAUGGACCAUGUGGACGGAGAAGAGACGCAAGAGGGAAACAAGAAAAGGAAAGUGUUCACGGGGGAAGACAACUUAGGGAAAUUUUCAACGCAGAGUUGCAAAGGGGAAAACGAUGGUGCAAAGAAGGGAAGUGAGGGAUCUGUACCCCUCUGGAGUAUCAAACAGGAGAAUGCACCAGAUAGGAAACAAACUGAUCCAGGUAGCGUUGUAUCGAGGCUCGAGAAAAACCACCCCGUAGAGACAUUCCUAGAAAUGGGAGACUCCCCAUCCGUGACGCAGAAAAUGAAGAAGGAAUCAAGUGGAAGCAUCGACGAGGGGGAAGACGAGCAGGAAAAGGGUUGUAUAAAUGUAGCCGUCGGAUUGAAGAACAGAGCAGAUGAGUUAGUCACGAAUGAGGAAACUGGGUUUGUUAACGUGUACCUCUUCGACAUAUGUAAGCACAGAAAUAGUAUUAUCCUGUUCGGAAAAACGAUUGCGAAGUCUAAGCUGCACAGAAGCGUGAGUAUAUACAUUGAAGACAUGCACAGGUGUUACUAUUUCUUGCUAUUGAAAAAUAAGGUUUACAAAAAAGAUGGCGUCGAAAUAAGGAUUGGACACAAGAAUUACAACACAUGUAUUUUGUCCGACUUUCUGGAUGAGUUCCAAGCGAUUAGGAAGUACCACCAUAUUGAGAGCAUAAAGUGCAAAAUAGUGAAGAGGAGAAACUUGAAUGUAAACUCAAGUGAAGAAGAUAUGUAUGCCAAGGUAUUUUACACAUACAACUGUGACCCGAUUAGCGAGAAGUUCCUGUCUGGAAGGACGUACUCCUCCUUCUACUGCUGCAAUGAAGACAUCAUCGAGCAUUUCAUCGUUAAGAAGCACUUGAAGUUGCCCUGUUGGGUGAAGGUGAAGGAGCUCAACCUGAACCCAGCUAACAAUUUGACCUACUGUUACUUUGAUUGUACUACUACUAACUGGAAGAACAUCUACCCGGUGGAGAAGCGCCUCGAGGGGAGGGUCUCCCCAGGGAUGGCCACCAUUAGCGGGGGUAACCCAAUCGGUGGUAGUAAUCCAAUCGGGGGGAGUAACCCAAUCGGGGGUGGUACUGCCCUGCUAUCCGCAACAACGCAGGCAAAUGGCAACCCCCCGGAGGAGACGCAAAAGAAGGGGGAAACCACCCCAGGGGGGAGCAACCACCUAACCGACCUGGACCUGAACAAAGUGAUCAUCAAGGUGGUAUCCCUCCUAAACGAACAGAACCACCACGAGGUAUUCAGCAUCUGUUCCAUGGUGGACAUGCAAGGAAAAAAAUCCAUCAACUUCUGUGGUAUAUCAGCCAAGGCGGGAAAAAAAACGCCUCUCAUAUAUAAUAAGAACAACGCGAAAGUGUUCGACUCGGAGAAGAGUCUGCUGGAAUCCUUUCUCCAAAGGAUGAAAACCCUCGACACGGACAUCUACAUCGGUUACAACAUUCUGAACUUCGACUUGGAAUUCAUCAUACAUAGAUGCAACGUGCACAAUUUGAAUGCAGAUUUCCUGAGCAGGAAAAAAAAGCUAAAAAAAAACGACCGAAUGAAGGUUAACAAAUUUAAUGGCACCAGUAGCACCGGUUCUAUGUAUAACAUUAUUCAACACAUUAAGGGAAGGCUCAUCGUGGAUAUUUACAUGCUGUGUAAGGACCUGAUAAAGCUAACCAGCUACAGUAUGGACGAAAUUAUCGAUAGCGUGAGGAACAAAUUCCAGGAUAGAGGUCGGACGGGCAACUCGACCAACAAGACGAAUGGUGCAUCAUCUGGUAGUAACCCCCCCCCUAACGUCUUCAAAGAUUUCUCCGUGAAUAAUAUAAACCUGCUAAACUGCAGCAACAUCCAUCUGUACGACGCGAAGGAGAUCCUGGAAAACCACCUCAGCAUGUAUAUUCACAGUCAGCUUUUCUGUGUGCAGGAAAUAGGAAAUGUAUGCAAGGUGUUGCAAAUUAUAGAAAAGACUAGAGAUCUGACCAAACUGAGUGGCUACCUCUGGUCGAGGAGUCUACUAUGCUACACCAGCGAGAGGAUAGAAUACUUUCUUCUGCAUGAGUAUAAUAGGAAGAAGUUCAUCACCCCUGUGGUUAAGAAGAAAAUUAAAAAGAUUGAAAAUGAUCAGGUGAAAAGUAAAAGUGCGGCCAAGUAUUCGGGUGGACUUGUAUUAGAUCCCCUAUGUGGCUACUACGAUACGUUCGUUCUGUACCUUGACUUUAACAGCCUCUACCCGUCCAUUAUUAUCGAGUAUAAUGUCUGCUUCAGCACGUUGAAGGGGAAGGGUGGACACAACGAGAUCGAACCAGCAAACGGGUUAGAAGGAUCAAACAGUGUUGGCGUCACCAAGGGGGAUGAUGCCACGAAGGAGCUGAGCGAUCCGGCCGACUCCACAGACCUGACCGAUGCAGACCCGGGGGAGGUACUCGCCUCAAACGAACCCAUCGAAAUGGACGAUUUUGAUAAAACCAAACCGGGUAUCCUACCGUCGAUCCUUAAGAACCUUGUGGAAAAAAGAGCCUUCAUAAAAAAAUUAAUCGCAAAUGAAAAGAACAAGGAAAAGAAAGAACUCCUCCUGAUUCAGUCCCUUUCCAUCAAACUGAUAAGUAAUAGCAUCUACGGUUGUCUGGGAAAUACAAACAACCGUUUUUACGCUAAACACAUGGCUUCGUUUAUUACACUGAAGGGAAGGAACUUACUUCAACAUACGAAAUCCAGGGUGGAGAGGGAAUUCAACUUGAAGGUAAUUUAUGGAGACACAGAUUCGAUCAUGAUAGACACGGGCAUAAAAGCGCAAGGAGUCAAUAACUACAAAGAGGCCUUCAGAUUAGCCCACGUUAUAAAAAACACCAUCAACAAGAGUUAUAAGAAGCUCGAACUGGAUCUCGAAUGCAUUUUUAGUAAGCUCCUCCUCCUGAAAAAGAAAAAGUAUGCCUGUGCAAAGGUCAUGGAUGCCAACAUGGAAAAGUGUGAAUACGAGAUGAAGGGAAUAAAUUUCAUUAAAAGAGACUUUAGUAAAAUUUCCAAGCUUAUUGGGAAUGAGGUGCUAAAAAUAAUUUUCAGUAGCAAGGAUGGUCAGGCAUCGUCUGGGAAGGCCACUGAGGGAAUGGAAGUCCCCGUUGAAAAUGACCUCUCUGAGCAGAUCCACGAGUACCUGCGGGGCGUGCACCAGCGGAUCCAGGCGGACGAGUUCGACCUGGACUACUUCGUAAUUACAAAAAAACUGACCAAAAACGUGAGCGAAUACCAGGAGAAGAACUCCUUAGGACACGUCCUCGUGGCGGAGCGCAUGAUGAAGGACGGCUACAACAUCAGUGUUAAUAAGGAGAUCCAAUACUGCGUAUGCACCAGUGAGGACGCAUCCAAAUUUUUCAACAAGUCGGGAAACGAAAAGCUCAACAACUCCCUCUGUUGCUUCAGUGUCAGCGAAAUAAAGAAGCAUAAUAUGAAGGUCGACAAGGAGUACUACAUUAGGAACCAGAUCCUCUCUCCUAUAGGCCGGUUAUGCCAAUACAUCGAAGGAACGAAUGCAGAAAAGUUGGCUUCCUGUUUUAACAUUUUCGAUGUAAGGGAAAUAAAAACGGACUUUCAGAUAGAGGAGAAUUAUCAUGAGUCAAAUGUCUUGUCGUUACUAAACCAAUCAGAAGACAGGUUCAAGGAUAUUCACUUGAAGGGCUACCUGACCUGCUCUUCCUGUGCACACAACGUCAAACCAGCCGUCUUCAUAAAAUACUUCCGGUGCAAUAACUGCCUUAAAUUCCUAUCCAUUGAAAAGAUAAGGAAUUAUAUAUUUUCAUUUGUGCACCAUUUAUUUGCCACCUUCUACAAACAGCUCUACGUGUGCAGUAGCUGCUCCGUCAAGACGAGACGUGUACUCCUUAAUGCGGCCAAGGACUGUCCGAGUCCUAAUUGUGAAAAUCCAAAGGAUUCUCUGAAGCCGCUCGUUUCGAAGAAGUACAUCUACCGCAUGCUAGAGUACUUCCUCUUUUUGCUCAAGGACAAUUUGAGGGAACUUCCGCAAAAACUCCUCGAGGGGAAGGUUGGUCAGGCGUCCAACCCUGGGGAAAAUCAGGACCAACACACCACUGUGCAUAACCAGGAUGGACACACCGCUACGCAAAAUCAGGACGGGCAACCCGAUGCAGGAACCCCAUACGCAUCGGACACCUUCGUUUACGUCUGCAUCGAUGAGAAGUUUAAAACGCACAUCCUUAGCGACCAAAAACCGAGCAAGAAAAAUAUCAAGGUGGAGGCGUACGACGAUAUAUGCAACAGAAGGGAACUCGGGGUCACCAUAACGAAGGGGCUACAAAUGAAGUACCCAAACACCUCGAACUUUCUCACCUACCUAAACUUGAAGACAAGUCAGUUCUGCAUUAACUAUAACGACGAGAGGAACACCAUUCGGCAGUCCUUGCACGGCCUUGUGCGCAACAACGUGUAUGCACAGAUUUACUUCGACAAGGUUUUCUCCAUCUUCCAGCAGCCGCUCAGUUCGAAGAUUGUGGAGUUAUGA